AUGUUGAUGUUCCUUGAGCAGCUGCUGCGCAUAGCUGACGGGUGUGAGCGUUUCCUGCUGCUGCUGCUUCAGCAGCAGCAGCAGCAGCAGCACCUGCAGCAGCAGCAGCAGCAGCAUCCGCAGCUGCUGCAGCAGCAGCAGCAGCAUCCGCAGCUGCUGCAGCAGCAGCAGCAGCUAGUUAUCAGCAUUAGCAUGUUGAUAUUCCUUGAGUAG